GAAAUUAACAGCUCUUUCAUAUGUUUAUUAUCAACAUAUGUAUUUUUGAUGACAAUAUUAAAAUCAAUAAAAUAAUAACACAGAAAAGUAGGCAGUUUCGUACACCUACAUCGGUGUAUUUGUGAUGUAUAUAAAUUGUCAGCCUUAUGGAUUCAGAUAGUACUUACUGACAUAAUUGACAGCAACGCAUUCUUGUGCAUAUGACAACCUAGCGGUGAGCUUCAUAACAAAAGUAUUUUUGCGGACUCAUAGCAAAACCAAUUCGAAAUGGAGGAAACAAAAGGGACAAUCAAAGAACAACUUGGUUUUCAGUCACAAUUCAACUGCAAAGUUAAGGAACAUUUAACGAAAUUUGUCGUCCAUCGUUUCAUAAACAAAUGUGUGAUUCUAGUUACACAGUACGGGGGUAUUCCAAAUUUAUACUUGGUUCAAUUUGAUGCGAACGAUGAACGUGACAAACGCAUUUCACCUUUGAAUAUAUCCGAGCUACACACGUCGGUGCCAGUGACUAUGAAAUGCUUGUUGGGUGUUGACCAAAUGGAGGUACGCGCCGGUAUACAGUUUUUAAUCAACAGAACUAAACUAAGCCAAUGUAAAACUGAAAUUUUAAUUACGCUUGGAUUGAGAGAAACUAACGGUGAUGUCCUCAAAGAAAUAGCAGAUAUUAUUGAUGGAAAAGCGUUGUAGAAUCUCUUGUUAAUUUACUUAUAAUAAUUUUGUUAUAAUAAAAUAUUUUUUAAAGGCGAAUUACUAUAUGUACAUGUACAUACAAAUAAUUAAAUUAACAUUGAAGCUCUAUCUUAAAUUCUCGUAGUCUAGAAAUAACAAACGUUCAGCAGAUUAUUGCUAAUAUUUAUUGAACGAAACAGUUAAAUAGGAAACAAUGCGCAAAACGUAUUAAUCGGUAGUUGUGUAAACUCGAUCUGCAAAUAUUUUGGGCCUUGUAAAUAUUAUUUUACAAACAUUUUACUUUUAAAUCUACAUCAAACCCAAUAAAUAUACUUUUAAUGUUUAUAACUAAA